AUGCCUAUCAUUAUUGUUGAUGGAACUUUCCUGAAAUCUGCAUAUAAGGGAACAAUGUUGUCUACUAGUGUGUUGGAUGCAGCAGGACAUAUUUUGCCACUAGCAUAUGUUGUUGUUGAUUCUGAAAAUGAUGCUUCAUGGGAAUGGUUUUUUGGCAUAUUUAACACUGCUUUUGGUGAAAGAGAAGGCAUGUGCAUAGUAUCUGAUAGUCAUGACAACAUAUUAAAAGUUGUUGCACUUGUAUAUCCAAAUGUGGAUCACUGUAUAUGCAUCUACCAUCUAUGGAACAACAUCAAGGGUAGGGUUAAAAAGAAUCAAAAGCAAUUAAAGGGGAUCUUCUUUACAAUGGCCAGAACAUACAUAAAGGCAGACUUUGAUCGGCUUAUGAAAGACAUAAACAAAAUCAAUAAUAGGGUGAAGGAGUAUCUGUUUGAUAUAGGCUGUGAAAAAUGGCCCAUAGCUCAUUCCCAUGUCAACAAGUCGAUGUUUAUGACUUUAAACAUCGCAGAGUCCCUAAAUUCAGCAAAUAGAGAUGCAAGAGACCUGCCAAUUAAAAAAUUCCAACAAUUUAUGAUAGAUCUGGUCAUGAGAUGGAAUAAUGAACAUAGACCGCAUUCAGAAGCAGCAUUUAUAGAACUGAAAAACAAAUACAAUAUACUAAUGAGAGAAAAUCACAUUCUGUCAGAUAAAAUGAAGGUGAUGGGUUCUACUCAGUAUUCUUAUGUAGUCAUUGAUGAAACUAAAAAAUGA